ACAAGAGACUGAGGGGUUGGACCAGACUAUAAAAGAACAGUUCUGGCAGGGGUCGAUACCCUCUCUCUCCAGUUCUCCUCUCACACAGUUGUCUUUUUCCAUCCGUUCACGAUGCAGUUUUAUGGAGCUCUGAUCCUGUUUAUGACUCUCUCUGCAGCAUGUGCAUUGAGAUGCUACCAAUGUACAGGGGCAACCUGCACAGAAAAGGUAACUUGUCCGACCGUGCCUCUUGUCCCCCUUGACCGUUGUGCCACCACUGAUCUGAACGGUGUCAUCACCAAGACCUGCAUGAACAGUAAUGCGUGUAAUGGCCCCAUAAAGUGCUGUAGCACAGACUUGUGCAACAGCGCCGUACCCACUGGUUCCAGUGUCCUCCUCCUGCUGGUGUCCUCAGCCAUCAUCACAGUCUUCCUCUGAGGCUCAGCAGCAGCUACAGCUUCACUAUAUCGGUCUCCUUUAAUUACCCAAUUUGUAACUCUGGGAGAAUAAACAAAAUGUUGAUGUGUAAAAUCUGUGAAUGACUGCAGGUCAAUAUUUGUAAUAAAAACACAAUUUGAUCGAUCA